ACCUCUAACAGUAAAGUUAUACACCACAUUUAUUAAAAGUGUUAUGAUGUAUUGCACUGAAACAUAGAAAAUAAAGGUUGAAAAUGAAUAUGGAACCAACAAAGAAAAUGACUAUUAGGGGAAUGAUAAGUUUGGAAUGUUACCCGAGUUGUUGAAAGGUGUUGAUGAAAUGGGAUGGGGGCUUGCAACAGAUAUUCAGGCAGAAGCAAUUCCAAUGAUACUUGGUGGUGGUGAUGUACUUAUGGCAGCUGAAACUGGCAGCGGAAAAACAGGCGCAUUUUGUCUUCCAGUAAUACAAAUAGUUUAUGAAAAUAUAUUAGCAAAUUCAAGUGAGCAACCUGGUAACCAAAAGAUAAAAACUGAAGUAGCUAAAGGAAAAUGGGAAAUGAGCAAGUUGGACAGAAGCAGCUCAUUUGCAAUAUCAGAAGAUGGGUUACUCUGUCAAUCACGAGAACAUAAAGAGUGGCAAGGAUCUAGAUCAACACUUGGUGUAUCAAAAGGUAGCUAUUACUAUGAAGUAAAGGUGACUGAUGAAGGGUUAUGCAGAGUAGGAUUUUCAACAGAAAAUGCAACGUUGGAAGUUGGAUGCGAUAGCGAAAGUUUUGGUUUUGGUGGUACUGGUAAAAAAUCCACAAAUAAACAAUUUGAUACUUAUGGAGAGCCAUAUGGUAAAAAUGACAUUAUUGGUUGCUUUAUCGAUUUGGAUAAUGGAACUAUAAAGUACAGUAAAAAUGGAAAAGAUUUAGGUCAUGCUUUUGAUAUUCCAAAAAAACUUUAUGGCUCAUCAUUUUUUGCUUCAGUUACAUUAAAGAAUGCUGAGCUUUUAUUCAAUUUUGGAGAUACUCCCUUCAAACAUGCUACCCCUCAUUCCACCUAUCUUCCAUUAUCUAAAGCUAAAGAUGUUUCAUUGUCAAAAAAAUUGUCUGUUUCAAAAAAGUAUACAAACAAAUCUUCUCCUGCUGCUCUUAUCAUUGAGCCAUCCAGAGAACUUGCAUCUCAGACUCAUGAUCAAAUUUCACUUUUCAAAAAGUAUUUGCCUGAUCCCAAGAUUAAAAAUGUACUGUUGGUUGGUGGAGAAAAUUCAAGUGAACAAAUAAAAGCAUUGCAGAGUGGGGUUGACAUUGUAACUGGUACACCUGGAAAGCUAGAUGAUUUUAUAUCAUCUGGAAAUUUGCUUUUAGAUCAGGUUCGGUUUUUGAUACUUGAUGAAGCGGAUGGGUUAUUAAAUCAAAACCAAGGUCAAUUAAUUGAAAAGUUAUACAAUCUAUGUCCAAAAAUGUCUUCAGAUGGUAAAAGAUUACAGGUUGUAUUAUGUAGCGCAACUCUGCAUAACUUAGAAGUUAAGAAGUUGGCGGAUAAGAUAAUGCAUUUCCCAACAUGGAUUGAUCUAAAAGGACAAGAUUCAGUACCAGAUACAGUUCACCAUGUUGUAUGCAAUGUUGAUCCAAAAAGUGAUACGUCAUGGCAUUUUUUAAAGCAUAAAAUUCAAACAGAUGGCAUUCAUUUGAAAGAUGAUACGCAUCCAACAUCUAAAUUACCUGAAUGUCUUUCUGAAGCAGUUAAAGUACUGAAAGGAGAAUAUGUUAUAAAAGCUAUUUCCAAACUUAAAAUGGACCAAGGUAUCAUAUUUUGUCGCACAAAACUUGAUUGCGACAACUUAGAGCGUUACAUGAAGUCAAAAGAUGUAAAUGAGUUCUCAUGUGUAUGUUUACAUAGUGACAGAACUCCAAAUGAAAGAACAAAAAACCUUUGGUCUUUUAAAAAUAAAAAAGUUAAAUUUUUAAUUUGCACUGAUGUUGCAGCACGAGGUCUUGACAUUAAAGGUGUUCCAUUUGUUAUCAAUGUUACUUUGCCAGAUGAGAAAGCUAACUACGUUCACAGGAUUGGCAGAGUAGGAAGGGCAGAACGAAUGGGACUGGCUUUAUCACUAGUAUCAAAAUAUAAGGAAAAGGUUUGGUACCAUAAAUGUGAUAGUCGUGGAGCUAACUGCAAUAACACAAAACUUUUGAAGGAAGGUGGAUGUGCUAUUUGGUACGAUGAACAGAAUUAUUUGAGUGAAAUUGAGGAGCACUUGGGAGAAACUGUUUCUCAAAUAUCCAACGACAUGGUUGUUCCAAUUAAUGAAUUUGACGGCAAGGUAGUAUAUGGUCAAAAAAGGCAAAACAAAGGUAGCGGAUUUAAGUAUCAUCUAGAGGAGCUUGCUCCGGCUGUUAAAGAUCUCGCUAAGCUAGAAAAGCAAGUCCAGUUAUCUUAUCUUCAAUAUCAAAUUGAUUGGAGGCAAACCAUUUCAUGAUUUCUAAAGAAAAUUUAUCUUCUAAUCUUCUAAUCGCAAUGAUUAAUCUUAUUCUAGGGUUAAAGAAGCCAUAAUAAAGAAUUUUAAAUUUUAUCAAGGAGUCAAAGUCAGGUUUAGACUGAAAUAAAACUGAGAACGAUUAA